AUGAAGUCGUGUUUUGAUUGGAUGGUUUUGUUUACCCGCUCCUUUUUCCCUGUCGUUGAUUGGUGAAAGAUGUUUAUCCGUCUCAGAAAACCCCUCCCCGGUCUGCUCGCAGUGAGCAGCCUUUUAUGGAGAGUGGAGAAUGUCUAUCAACUUCCGGUUGGGUGUGAAGCGGAGCUGUCGCUCUUAGAAACAGCGAGCAGUUGUGCCUGAGGCCACAUAUAUAUUCUAAAGACAUUUUUGCACAUUCAUUCCACACAUCAAGAAAAUGUCCAAAUCUCUGAAGAAGAUAGUGGAGGAGAGUAGGGAUAAAAAUCUCCCCGAAGUGGAUAUGUGCGACAGGGGGAUAUCCAACAUGCUCGACAUUCCUGGUUUGUUCACCUUGUCCAACAUAACUCAGCUUGUCUUGAGCCACAACAAGCUCACAACUGUGCCUCCAAACGUUGCUGACCUUAAGAAUUUAGAGGUGCUGAACAUGUUUAAUAACCAAAUAGAGGAGCUUCCCACUCAGAUCAGCAGCCUUCAGAAGCUCAAACACCUGAAUCUAGGAAUGAAUAGGUUGAGUACACUGCCCAGAGGGUUUGGUUCUCUCCCAGCACUGGAGGUCCUGGAUCUCACUUACAACAAUCUGAAUGAAUCCUCACUGCCAGGGAACUUCUUCUACCUUACUACCCUGCGUGCACUCUAUCUCAGUGACAACGACUUUGAGAUCCUGCCCCCAGACAUCGGCAAGCUGGCCAAGCUGCAGAUACUGAGUUUGAGGGAUAACGACUUGAUCUCCUUGCCUAAAGAGAUAGGAGAUUUGGCGCAACUGAAGGAGCUGCAUAUCCAGGGCAACAGGCUCACUGUCCUGCCUCCUGAACUUGGUAAUCUGGACCUCACUGGCCCAAAGCAAGUUUUUAAGGCAGAGAAUAACCCCUGGGUGACUCCUAUCGCAGAUCAGUUCCAGCUUGGUGUGUCCCAUGUUUUUGAAUAUGUUCGCUCCGAGACCUAUAAGUAUCUUUAUGGGCGACACAUGCAAGCCAAUCCUGAAGCACCCAAAAAGAACAAUGACAAAUCCAAGAAGAUCAGCCGCAAGCCCCUGGCUGCUAAAAACAAGUGAAGAUGUGGAGGGAUGAUGAAGGGCCCUAGUCUGCCUGUUCGAGCUGGACCUCACUGCAUGUGCCUUCGCUCACUUUUCUAUUUAUUUACUAAAGGAACACACAAUCCAUUUUUAUACUCUUUCUGUGCUAUUAUCACAUUACGCAUGUGUGGCCUCAUAGUCUCCUUGCCAUGUAUGAAACAGCCACAUUGAGUUCUUCCUUGCUUGCAUUUAUUAUAUAGACCCUUUUCAUUGCAUUACUGUAACAUCGUGAUUGCCCUACUGCGUCUGUCCAAGUGUUACUUUUAAAGCUGCUGUCUUUUUCAGUGUGUUUACAGUCUGUCAAAUGAUUAAAGUAAUUAGUUACAUUAUUACAUUA